AUGAUACUAUACUGCCUGGUCUUGUCCUCGGCAAUUAACGCCAUGGUUCAUCGACCAUAUUUUCCGCGAAAAGAAAAUACAGUAAACGCGAGGCAAAUCGCUGCACAAAAAUGCAAUGGUCUUCCUGAUCUAUGCGAGCUACGUAUCGAUCAAGUAACAUUUGCAGGCAGUCACAAUGCUGGAUCCGGAUUUGAUGGGCGUCUCCAUUGGUGGAGCGGCGGAGCGGCACCUUCGUGUUUCAUUCGUAACCAUGGCAAAAGUUUCUCGGAGCAGUUGGACUAUGGUAUACGUUACUUCGACAUCGAAACCUGUUUUGGUGAAACAGAAGCCUUAAAUUGCCACUGUGGCAAGAACGUCUGUGCCUACGCAGGCUCCAUCGAAGAAGGUCUUAAACAAAUCGACAGUUGGAUGCAAUCUCAUCCAAGUGAGGUUGCAAUAAUCCACUUCAACAGCAAUGUGCAAAAAGGUUAUGAGAAGAAUAUUUCGCGAAGCAUCGAAAGCACACUGAUGAAACUGUGGCCGCCAAAUAAUUCCGGAAAGCUGGCGAUGAGUGGCUACUACAUGACCCAUGGAAACUGGCCAAAACUCAAGGACGCCAUACGACCAAACGAAAGAAUUUUAAUUUUCGUGGCUUAUGAACUAUAUCAAUACAUGUCUUUACAACAUAAAUGGCUUGUGUUGAGCUUCGGGCAGAUUGUGUCAACCCGGGAUACGAAUCCAGUGACCUCGAGCUGUUCAGGCAUAACCGAACAAGCCAAAGAGAAAUGUGGCAUCCCUGGCUCGUUUUAUACAUUCAUUGAGGUUUCGGCAUUCGGGAGUUAUGGCAAAUGUAUUUGGGACAUGGCGGAGACGUGUUCUUCCUGGUUGGGCGAAGCAGCAUUUGAAUGCUACAAUUUGAGGGAAAGGCGGGAUUUGACGGUGAAUUUCUUGCUUGUGGAUUGGGUUGAUUACUUCGCAGGCGGGGAAUCUGUCAUCAACAAGGCGAAAUUCAUGAACCAGAAGAACAUCCAAAUGUACCUGGGCAAAAGCAUCUUUUUUCCAGAACUGUCAGGCUGUGCAUAUCAUUCUAGUUCGCAUUCAAACUACUGCUGGAAGUAUUGUGCCAAGUAUGGAUGGUGUUGGAUAAAUGUAAAAUGCGGUGAGGAUCCCGAUGUUUGCAAGAAACAAGACUACCGGUGUUACUCCAGCUGCGGAUACUGACUAUACUGAAACAUUUACUAAUAUUUUUGUUUCCAUGUGCUCCAUUGCAUGGUUGAUAUCGUAGGUCAGAAAGUCGUAGGUCAUUUUAUUGUUUAAAUCUAGUUAGCAUUAUAGCGUUAGUAAAUAAGCUCAUUAACCAUUUGAAGUGUAAUGUAAUUAGUCUAGUGAUCGUAUGUAUGUAGCCUGAGAAGAUCCUGAAAAAUAUUUCAGCACCAUCUUUUCAUAUAGGCAUUAAUAAAUGGCAUAAAAUAUGUUCUGU